UGCACCCCAUGAGCUAGCCGUCCUGGUGGCCUCCAUCAUCUAGCUAGCUAGCAUUGAUCACCAGCACAUGCUGCAACACACAGCACAAGCCGCCGUAUAGCACCCUCUCGCUGUAUACCACCCGGGCGGCCAUCAGAUGAAGUGCAAAUGCAUGCAACGCAAGAAAGCUAUAGCACACCGUGCUACGUACUACAUACUGUACCAAAAGUCCAAUCCUCCGGUCCAUGUGACUGCCGCUACAUUGCACACAUCAACACUAGCUUUGCAUCCGUGUAAGUGUGUAACCACUGAACUGCCAAACCACCACACCCAUUUUUUAGCUCGGUUUAAUUUUUUGCCCCCAAUCUCACCUUGCUUCAGUAAGGAACAGGCACCUAACAACUGUACUGCCCGGCUGCCAACUUCCAUUCUCCAUCCACCCAAUUAAUACAGUACACCAGCCUAAAUCAACGUCCACCUACAAUUCCACACUUGUUUUUUUUUUUCUACUACAUAGCUGCAUUCACCGUAUCAAUGGUUUCAUGCACGACCAUGUGAAUGAGCAUUGUACCUUUAGGUCUCUACCAGUGUAACAGUGUAGCUCAUCUUUGCUAUAACGACCGGCCAGUCUCGGUCCAUGGUGGGAUCCAUGAUCCAUCCAUCGCAGCCGGUUUGUCCUCUGAAAAGCACGCACACAUUUACUCCUCGCUCAUCACCUCCCCAACGACCCAACUGCGUGCUCCUUUAUUGCGCCACCGCCAUGGAUAGAGCUUCGCACAUGGCCGGCCAGCCAGCCCAGCUGCGUGCAUGCACUGGCUUCAGAACCAAUCAGGCAGCGCAGCCUGCAGAUCAAGCCAGGAGCUUCUUGAAUUUCUUCUCUCUUCUUGUUGGGAGGAAGAAGCAGCAGCUGCAGAUAGCUUAGCUGCCAGACACAGCCAUGGCGGGGAGGGCCAGGGGAGCGGCGCUCGUGCUGCUGCUGUGCCUGAGUGGCGCGGCGGUGGGCGUGUGGGCGCGGCCGGUUGCCGCCAAGGGUGACGACAAUGCUGCCGGUGAGGAGAAGUCCCUCUGGUUGAAGAAGCAAUUUGGAAAGGGACUUGGAGCCGGGCUUGGUGGAGGUUAUGGGAAAGGUGGUGGCUUUGGAGGUGGUGGUGGAGGAGGCGGCGGCGGUGGCUUCGGAGGUGGUGGUGGGUUUGGUGGAGGCGGUGGUGGCGGGCUCGGUGGUGGAGGAGGUGGUGGCUUAGGCGGAGGUGGUGGGUUUGGCAAAGGCGGAGGGGUUGGCGGUGGUUUCGGCAAGGGCGGCGGUUUUGGUAAAGGUGGUGGAUUUGGUGGCGGUUUUGGUAAAGGCGGUGGGAUUGGUGGAGGCAUCGGACAUGGUGCUGGAGGUGGAUUUGGCAAAGGUGGUGGUUUAGGUGGUGGCAUUGGUCCUGGCAUUGGUGGUGGCUAUGGUAAAGGUGGAGGUCUUGGUGGCGGCAUUGGUAAGGGUGGUGGACUUGGCGGCGGUUUUGGAAAAAGUGGUGGACUUGGGGGUGGUGGCGGACUUGGUGGCGGCGGUGGUCUUGGUGGUGGCAUUGGGAAGGGCGGUGGACUUGGUGGUGGUUUCGGAAAAGGUGGUGGUCUUGGGGGCGGUGGCGGACUUGGUGGCGGCGGCGGUCUUGGUGGCGGCAUUGGGAAGGGUGGUGGUCUUGGUGGCGGCAUUGGCAAAGGCGGUGGACUUGGUGGUGGUUUUGGUAAAGGUGGUGGUCUUGGGGGUGGUGGUGGACUUGGUGGGGGCGAGGACGGUGGUCUCGGUGGCGGCAUUGGCAAGGGUGGUGGAAUUGGUGGUGGUUUUGGAAAAGGUGGCGGUCUUGGGGGUGGUGGUGGACUUGGGGGAGGUGGCGGUCUUGGUGGAGGCAGUGGUCUCGGUGGCGGUAUUGGGAAGGGUGGUGGUCUCGGUGGCAGCUUUGGUAAAGGCGGAGGUCUUGGUGGUGGCUUUGGCAAGGGUGGUGGAAUUGGUGGUGGUUUCGGGAAAGGUGGUGGCCUUGGGGGCGGUGGCGGACUUGGUGGAGGCGGUGGUGGAGGUGGUGGAGGAUUUGGUGGCGGUGGAGGCAGUGGGAUUGGCGGUGGUUUUGGGAAGGGUGGUGGAUUUGGUUUCGGUGUUGGCGGCGGAGGUUUCGGCGGCGGUGGAGGUGGCGGCGGUGGUGGCGGAGGGAUCGGUGGCAAGCACUAAUACACUGAAAUGCAAGUAUGCAACGAGACCGCUGAAGCCGGCGCCGCAGCAUCUGCGCUUGUGCCCAUGAGCGACUGCAAUGCGCCAGAUGGCGAGCAGCGAGCGAAAGCGGCCGUAGAGAAGACAACAGUCGGAAGACGCCCAAAUUCGAAUGCCAAUCUUUAAUUCUUUAUACAGCCAAUAGAUGGAUUACGGAGAAAAUUAAAGCAUCAACGUCGUGGUCACCUGAAAACCCUGAGGAUCACAUCUUUAGGCCUCCUUUGAUUCAUAGGAAUUUCAUAGAAAAAAUAUAGGAUUUAGGAUUGGGCACUGUAGCAGCCUUUGAUUCAUAGGAUUAGGGCAUAGGAAAGUUAGAGGAAAUUUUCCUUUGGAACUCAUUUCACAUGGAAAACAUAGGAAAGAAAACAUCCACCCUAACCUCUUUUUUCCAUCAUGUGUGUGUAGGAUCGAGGUAAAUGACAGACAUAUGCAUCAUUGUUGUUCUUUUAGAAGAAAAUAUACAUUGCGAUAUUGUGGAUAAGGCCAAAGUGACAUGUAUUAAUACACUUCCUGACACUCUCUUUCCUGUGAAAUUCCUAUACCCAUUCAAAGGGCUAGUAACAUAACUUUUCUAUGUUUUGCAAUCCUCUGUUUUUACGGUUCCAUUCCUACAAAAAUCCUACGUUUUUCCUAUUCCUCUGUUUUUUCAUUCCUGUGAUUCAAAGGGGCCCUUAAAGUGAGACGGACUGGAGGCCUCACAGGCAUCACCUGUCAAAUUUUCGCAUUUUUUCAAAUAUGUGUGAAUUUGGUAAAAUAAUAUUUAAAUUCAGCCAAAAUUUGUUAAAAUUUAAAAUAGUUUCGUGAAGAAAAACGACCGAAAUUCUCGAACAGGCUUUACGAAAUUGCAAAUCAUGUCACAAGCAUCACCUGCCUGCAUCAGGCACAGGGCCAGCCCUGGGCCAGUGUGGACAGUGCGGCCGUAUUGGGCUUCAAAAAAUUAGGAGCCUCCAAAAUAUGCUAUGGUAUCAGGUCUGAUAGGCUUAGAGAAAAGAUAGAACUCCAAGAAACUUGACAUCAAUGGAUGAUAUGGAACUUAUAGAUUGUUGUAUUACUUUUGCCAAAACUUUCUCUUCGGAUGAUUCGUGUGAUGUGGACUUAAAUGAUCUAAUAUCUAAAUUAAAGGUUUUGCAGCUGACUUUGCCUGCUAUGGGGAUUUUUGAGUUUGUUAAAGAAAUGGACAGCUAUCCCAAUGUGUCUACUGCUUAUCGAAUCUUGUUUACUAUGCCGGUGACUGUCGCAUCAGCUGAAAGAAGCUUUUCAAAGUUGAAGUUAUUGAAAUAUUAUUUGAGGCCACCAGAAAGUUAGGGCCGGCCCUGACCAUGCAUCCCUCG